AUGCCGUCGAUUGGCGGCGACGACGAUGCUGAUCGCUACAUGGCAGGCUCUCAAGAUGGUAGCUCCGAUAACGACAUGGAUGAUACCAUGGGGGAUAUCGAGGACGUCGAUCCGGAGCCAGACCCCGAAAGCCCGUCCAAUUCUAGCAUUGCAUCGGACGGCAAUGCGGCAACAAUAACCCAACCCAAUCCUCAAGCCCUUCUGACCUCACCUUCUCCUACCAACGGAGUUCCCGACCAUUCGGGUUCGCUCCGUCCGGUAGUGCGCCCAGAGGCGCUUACAGCAUCUACCUAUGAUAUUGUUCCCACCACAGCAGCUCCGCAUAGUACUUCGAUUAACGCAGUAACCGCAACAGCUGACAUGAGAUGGGUAUUUAGCGGCGGUUCGGACGGAUACGUUCGGAAAUUCAAUUGGGUUGAUUCUAUCAACAGCAAGUUGAUGCUGACGGUUGCACAAAGACAUCCGUUCGUGGACAGCGUAGUGAAAGCGGGGGUUUUGAUGACAUACUGGGAAAAUAUGGAUGGAAAUGCACUAUCACACGUUUAUUCCCUGGCAUCUCAUAGCCAAGGACUUUGGCUACUCUCUGGCCUUGAAUCGGGGAGUAUUAGACUGCAGUCCGUUCGCCACGACGAGGGGAAGGAAAUUGCGCUUCUCCAACAGCAUACGUCAGCGGUGUCGGUACUAUGUCUCACAUCAGACGAAAAGUCUCUCAUCUCAGGAAGUUGGGAUAAAAGGGUCCAUGACUGGGACUUAAAUAUUGGACAGCCAAGGCGAACUUUUGGAUCUAGCGCAGGACAGAUAUCGUCCAUUGAAAUACGGCCGGAAUCCAAUAUACCUGUACCACAAGAAAGUGGAGAGCCGUCAUUGACAAAUGGGACAUUCUCAUCAAAUAAUCGAGCAAAUGGCACAUCCAGCUUUGCCUUUCAAAAUGGGGGAAAUGGAGUAAAUAAAGUUGAAUCUGGUUCUAAUGCAGAGCCACCAGCUGGAUCACCUGCAGAUUCACUUUUUGGCACCGAUGGUUCUCUUUUUGGAGAUGGAGAGGGAGGUGAAGCAGAGGCGCCAUCCGGUGGUGCUUUUGCGAUAGAUGAAGAUGACGAAUUUUCCCAGGCUCUAGCAAACGGCAUUCAGCAACCUGAAGACGAUAAGUCAGGCGAUCUAGAUGUACCAGCUGCCCAGCCAAACGGUGGCUCGAGUAGCCAACAUACAACUGACACGGGAUCAGAUAAGGGAGACCUUACAGGCUCAUCUUUGGCUGCGGUGACUGGAAACGUACCCAAUGGUACACCUUCGGAAUUCUUAGUGAAUGGGGCACCCCACGUAGAGGAUCUAGAACGUGCCACACAAAUCCAAGAUAAACCCGGCGCUUCCCAAGUUGAAAUCCAAGAUGUAACCUCUGAUACGACCUUUUUCUCUGCUUCUAUCGAUGGGACGAUACGAGUCUGGGAUCGACGGCAACCGAACCCAAUAGCUAAAAUCGUUUCUCGAAAUGCCCCACCAUGGUGUAUGAACGCUUGUUGGUCGCCAGACGGCAACUAUAUCUAUGCCGGACGACGUAACGGGACUGUGGAAGAAUUUAGCCUACACAAAGGCCUCCGCACCGCUGAGCGGACAUUUAAAUUUCCUCAGGGUAGCGGUCCAGUCUCCGCAGUCAAAGCGAUGCCUAACGGUAGACACUUAAUCUGCGCUUCGUAUGAUAUCCUACGGCUCUAUGACCUCAAGGACGACCAUUCGUCGGUGCGCUCAACGGUGCCCUUUCUCAUUAUUCCAGGUCAUCGCACUGGCGUUGUCUCACAAUUAUACAUGGAUACGGCAUGCAGAUAUUUGAUAUCUACUGGCGGCAACCGAGGCUGGGAAGGUACCAAUACCGAAGUAUUGCUUGGUUACGAGAUAGGCGUUCUCUAA